AUGGAUCACCCGGAGACCGUGCUCCUGCGCCAAGCCGAGGCCAAGCGGACCGAUGAAGAUAAGUCGCCCGAAUCGGCGCCCGGUAUCCACAGCUACGUCAAUCGCGUUCUUGAUAGAGUUGUGAAGCCGGCCGGGGUCUCGGAGCGUCUAACGUCUCACUCCUUCCGACGAGGAGGGGCACAGCACGCCAACGGAGCGGGCAUGUGCGUGCAGUGGAUCUUCGACCGAGGAGCCUGGAACAUGACAGCGACAAACAAAGCGUUCGCCUACGUUUUCAACACACCGUCGAAAGACCACAAGGUCGCUCGAGUCUUGAGCAGCCGCGACCCGGACGCCACCGUUCCUCUUCUCUCUCUGGACACAUUCGACUCCGACACACAGGCAAGACUUCGCUCGGUUGCCUCGUCGCUCUUCGUCUCUUCGUCUGGGCUGCAUACUGCACAGUACAACGUGAAUGCACGGGUAGUCGACACACUGAUGGCAUACCUGUUGCGCCACUAUCCGGGGUUGAAGUAUCUUGCUCCGGACGGCCUGGCUGUACAGCGCAUGGAAGCUUGCGCGAGGGAAAAAGCCUUCUGUGUCAGUGAGCUGCUCGCAUGGUCGUCGCACCUGGCCUGUGACACAACCUCAAGCACCAAACCGGAAAGCAUCAAGACUACCGACGCUGUAGCUGACAUCACCAAGCACCCCAUGUUUCUUCAUCAAGCUGUCUUGAUUGAACAGUUAAUUCAUGUCAACCAGAAGCUCGACACCCGGUUGACGCUGAUGGAAGCGACGAUCUACAACAAGAAGAAGCGAGCACAAGAAGAUGAAGCGAGUGAGGAAGCUGGCAACAGUGAACCACCGACCAAACGACGACGUACCUCUGGAGCUACCAGCCUGAAAGAUGCCUGGUUCUCGUGGUACGCUCAAGACCCACGCAUCUGGAGCUCGACCGACGCGGCGACGAAACAGACGAGGUCGAACACCAAGCUGAUCGUCGCGUUCUUGAAGAUCUUCCUCGCUGAAGGUUUUGAGCUUGACGUGAAGUCCCCGCAGUACCGAGACGAUGUAUUGAAGCUUGGAGCUGCCGUCGAGAAGGAGCUGCUAUCGUUUCUGCAGGGUCAUGAUAUCAAAGCCCGCGGAGCCCAGAACGUUCUCAAGCCCAUGCGCAAGCUUUACAGGGCUGGCCAUCUCAACGCUUUCGUUCGCCGCUACAAUCAGCUUCAAGCUGCUGGUCGCAUCGUUGACCCUGCACCUGCUCACACUACCAACCUCCUUGGGGAAAUAGUCAGCACGUAA